AUGGAAGCUACUGAAGUAAUGACGUUCCGAACCGACCAGGAAUGCGUCCACGGAGGCAGCCGCCGCUGGCGGAGGUCGGAGGAUAAGGAGAAGAUCUCGCCCUCGGUUCUGGUCUCUGAGCCGGGGAUCCAGGACGCAGGAACAACAGCUCUCAUUGGUAGCACAAGCACCCAAAGCUUUCAGUCAAUUGGCAGUUCAAACACUGAGGGAUUCUGGGCCUCAGCUGGUCCAUCAGUGUCUGCUGGACAGCUGACUGUCCAAAAGAAUGGAAAAACUGAUAAAUCUGCUUCAAGAAGAGAUGGUCAAGGCCAAGCCCAGUCAGCAUUAAAAAUCCUACAACUUCAGAUGGAAUCAUUUCAAGCCCUUCGACAACAGACUUUGCAGAGUGUAAGCAUGGUUCAGUCUGAAAUCAGCGAGAUACUUAAUAAAAAUAUUGCUGAUGUGAAACAUCGUGAAUUUAAUCCAGACCCUUUACUUUUGACCAGCACACCUAUCCGUGUUGCUAUGCCUAGACAGUGUCAAGAAGCAUCACUUUUAAAGAACCAACUUCAUCUUGAUAAAAGGUUCAUGCAGUGUCCAGAAACCUAUCCCAACAAAAUCUUUGGAGACCCAGUCACAGAUGGAAGUGUUCCACAUCACAUUCUGUCAAAAUGUCAGUCAGCUGGAAAAGCUCAAGCCCCUGACCAAACACCUAGAGAGAAAGCUAUUCUGGCAUUUAAAAAUGACCACAAUUUGAAGAAUCCUGCCAGCAACAUUUCUUCUCCACCUUGGGUUGGUUUCAAAACAGAAGCAAGUACUGCCCUUAGUGAGAUUAAAAACUAUGCUGGAUUUAAAGAGUCCAUGGCCUUCCACACAGGCAAGAAUGGGCAUGUGCUAGAGAGUAUGAGUUCUUCCUUCAGGGACAUGAAAGCGGGCAAUAGAAAGACUCCUAGGCAUGAACUCCCAUAUACCUUUGAAGUUCAGAAUACUUCCACUAUUUUGUACGGUAAAGGCAAUGAUUCUGGUUACCUAUCAGAACAGGAUCCAACAGGAAAAGCAAUUGGUAUGUCAAAGGAGUAUUUUAAAUCCAAGAGGACUUCCAAAUUGGAGGAUUCAGUAGAUGGCCUGCAUAUUGCCAUGGUUUCUUUAAAAGAAAACAAUCAGACAGCAGUACAAACACAUACUGAGAGCAAGAAACAGAACAAAGAAUUAUUUGCUAAAGGUAACAUGUUUGAGAAGUUGCAAGUAAAUUUCUUGCCCAAAACUGGAGAAGAUAAAUAUUUUAUUCUGGAACACACAGUGGAAAGGGAAAAGGACAACCACCUGCAGCUGCUGGACACAAAACAAGAGUUUCAAAAAGAGAAAGUUCUGGAAUCCUGUGGUAUCGAUGCUGGAUCCGACAGCUACUAUAAAAAAAGUGGAUUGCUAGAAAUGUCUCCAAAAGAGCCUGAACCCUUAACAAAAAAAGCGGUGGAUCUUCAGAGUGAAAACCUAGAUCUCAAGAAACAAAUAAAGACUCUGACUGGCAUUAUACAGUCUCUGACCGAGCAAAACUCAAAAUACCAGAUGCAAAUUAAAGAUUUAAACGAUGAAAAAAGCAACAUUCAAGAGAGGCUAGUGAAAUCAGACAGAGACUGCAAGGAAUGCAUUAAAGAAGUUAAAAGGUUACUGAAGAAAUGCAAGGAAUCUGAACAGCAAAAGAUAACUCUGGAGGAAAAACAGAAUCAGCUUUAUGCUCAAAACCAAAGUAUAAUGCAGAACUUGGAUGAUUUUCAGAAGAAGGACCAGGAAGCCCAUGAAAGUCUGGCAGCUCUCACGCAAGAAAAGGGCGAUCUUCUUGUAGCCUUGGGAACUUUGGAGAGUCAAAUUACACCACUUCAAGAAGAGUGUAAAGUGUUAGAAGAAAAAGCAAGUCAGCUUGAAAAUGAACUUGAAAAAAAACAGAAGGAAAUACAGCAACUAAAAGAAAAUGAAAAGACCAAGCAGUCCAAUAUGGAAGCUGCUCUUAGGAUGACACAGUCACUUCACGAGGAAAAGUUAGAACUUGAGAAGAUUGUGCAGGAGUCAACUGAUUUAAGAAAGAUCCUCCAGAAGGAGCUUGAGGAAGCCCAGAGAGAGAGAGCAAAUGCUGAGGAAAAACUUCUGAAUGAAUGUAAAAACACAAGAAUAGAAACCGGAGUUUUAGAAACCAACCUGUCCAACAUGAAAGGAGAAUGUGAGAGGCUGUCAGCACUGGUAGGAGGCCUGACAGAAGACAACAGGGGUCUUAAAAAGGAACUGCAUGAAUACAAACUGGAAGUUGCAGAGUACAAAGCUAGAAUAAGAAAACUGAGUGAGGAACUCUUGCUGAUGGACAAUAAAAUGCGUUCAAUGGAGAAUGAAAGAGAUGUACUGCAGUUUGAAGUGAAUCGUCUCCAUAGGAAUAAUGGUUGCCUAAGAGACCACGUCACCGCUUUAUUCAAUGAACUCCAUAAGCCAAGGUCCAAUUCAAGAAGCAGAAGGCCAGAUGGUGAUCCUGCAGAUCCCACUGGAAUUUGUGAAGAAAUGUCUAGUUUCCAGCAUAUUUCUGUAACAUAUAAUUCACCAGAAUGUGGCAGGAUUGCUGAAAUCCGAAGGAAACUGGCAGAGAAGGAGCAUCACAAAGUUGUCCGGCAGCAUUACCACACUGUUUCAGUCAGCUGCACCACAUCUGUGAACAGGGAGUCAAGCUUUCACACUACUAUGCAGAAGAAAUAUAGCAGGCUCUGGACAUCAACUUAG